AUGACACAGCAUGCAACAGUUUCUGCAGAAGAGCCUACAACAGCUGGCACUACAGAAUUAAACACUGAUGCAGCAACAGUCUCCAGUGUUUCAACUGUUGAACAAACAACAGAUAUAACAACAAAACAGACCACAGAUUCCACCGUCCAAUCCAGUUCUCCAACUGUUGAACAAACAACAGAUAAAACAGCAGAACUGACUACAGGCUCCCCCACCCAAUCCAGCGCUCCAACUGUUGAAUCAACAACAGAUAUAACAGCUGAACAGACAACUUACUCCACCAUCCAAUCCAGUGCUCCAACUGUUGACUCAACAACAGAUAUAACAGCAGAACAGACCAUAGACUCGACCGUCCAAUCCAGUGCUCCAACUGUUGAACCAACAACAGAUAUAACAGCCGAACAGACCACAGACUCCACCAUCCAAUCCAGUGCUCCAACUGUUGAAACAACAACAGAUAUAACAUUAGAACAGACUACAGACUCCCCCACCCAAUCCAGUGCUCGAACUGUUGAAACAACAACAGAUAUAACAUUAGAACAGACUACAGACUCCCCCACCCAAUCCAGUGCUCCAACUGUUGAAACAACAACAGAUAUAACAUUAGAACAGACUACAGACUCCCCCACCCAAUCCAGUGCUCCAACUGUUGAACAAACAACAGAUAUAACAUUAGAACAGACUAUAGACUCCUCCACCCAAUCUAGUGCUCCAACUAUUGAAUUAACAGAUAUAACAGCAGAACAGACCACAGACUCCACGGUCCAAUCCAGUGCUCCAACAGUUGAAUCAACAACAGAUAUAACAGCAGAACAGACAACAGGUUUCACCACCAAAUCCAGUGAUCCAACUGUUGAAUCAACAACAGAUAUAACAGCAGAACAGACAACAGGUUUCACCACCAAAUCCAGUGAUCCAACUAUUGAAUCAACAACAGAUAUAACAGCAGAACAGACCACAGACUCCACCUUCCAAUCCAGUGCUCCACCUGUUGAACCAACAACAGAUAUAACAGCAGAACAAACCACAGAUUCCACCGGCCAAUCGAGUGCUCCAACUAUUGAACCAACAACAGAUAUAACAGCAGAACAGACCACAGACUCCACCUUCCAAUCCAGUCCUCCACCUGUUGAACCAACAACAGAUAUAAGAGCAGAACAGACUACAGACUCCACCACCCAAUCCAGUGCUCCAACUAUUGAAUUAACAGAUAUAACAGCAGAACAGACCACAGACUCCGCCACCCAAUCCAGUGCUCCAACUAUUGAAUUAACUGAUAUAACAGCAGAACAGACCACAGACUCCACCCUCCAAUCUAGUGCUCCAACUAUUGAAUCAACAGAUAUAACAGCAGAAAAGACUACAGACUCCACCCUCCAAUCUAGUGCUCCAACUAUUGAAUCAACAGAUAUAACAGCAAAACAGACUACAGACUCCACCACCCAAUCCAGUGCUCCAACUAUUAAAUUAACAGAUAUAACAGCAGAACAGACCACAGACUCCACCCUCCAAUCUAGUGCUCCAACUAUUGAAUUAACAGAUAUAACAGCAGAACAGACAACAGACCCCACUGUCCAAUCCAGUGGUUCAACUGUUGUAUUAACAACAGAUAUAACAGGAGAACAGACUACAGACUCCACCAUCCAAUCCAGUGCUCCAACUGUUGAACAAACAACAGAUAUAACAUUAGAACAGACUACAGACUCCUCCACCCAAUCCAGUGCUCCAACUGUUGAAUCAACAACAGAUAUGACAGCAGAACAGACCACAGACUCCACCACCCAAUCCAGUGCUCCAACUAUUGAAUUAACAGAUAUAACAGCAGAACAGACCACAGACUCCACGGUCCAAACCAGUGCUCCAACUGUUGAAUCAACAACAGAUAUAACAGCAGAACAGACAACAGGUUUCACCACCAAAUCCAGUGAUUCAACUGUUGAAUCAACAUCAGAUAUAACAGCAGAACAGACCACAGACUCCACCUUCCAAUCCAGUGCUCCACCUGUUGAACCAACAACAGAUAUAAGAGCAGAACAGACUACAGACUCCACCACCCAAUCCAGUGCUCCAACUAUUGAAUCAACAGAUAUAACAGCAGAACAGACUACAGACUCCACCCUCCAAUCUAGUGCUCCAACUAUUGAAUCAACAGAUAUAACAGCAAAACAGACUACAGACUCCACCACCGAAUCCAGUGCUCCAACUAUUAAAUUAACAGAUAUAACAGCAGAACAGACCACAGACUCCACCACCCAAUCCAGUGCUCCAACUAUUGAAUUAACUGAUAUAACAGCAGAACAGACCACAGACUCCACCCUCCAAUCUAGUGCUCCAACUAUUGAAUCAACAGAUAUAACAGCAGAAAAGACUACAGACUCCACCCUCCAAUCUAGUGCUCCAACUAUUGAAUCAACAGAUAUAACAGCAAAACAGACUACAGACUCCACCACCCAAUCCAGUGCUCCAACUAUUGAAUUAACAGAUAUAACAGCAGAACAGACCACAGACUCCACCGGCCAAUUCACUGUUUCAACUAUUGAACCAACAACAGAUAUAACAGCAGAACAGACAACACACUCCACCGUCCAAUCCAGUACUCCAACUGUUGAACCAACAACAGAUAUAACAGCAGAACAGACUACUGACUCCACCUUCCAAUCCAGUGCUCCAACUGUUGACUCAACAACAGAUAUAACAGCAGAACAGACUACAGACUCCACCUUCCAUUCCAGUGCUCCAACAGUUGAACCAACAACAGAUAUAACAGCAGAACAGACUACAGACUCCAUCAUCCAAUCCAGUGCUCCAAGUAUUGAAUUAACAGAUAUAACAGCAGAACAGACCACAGACUCCACCCUCCAAUCCAGUGCUCCAACAGUUGAACGAACAACAGAUAUAACAGCAGAACAGACUACAGACUCCACCUUCCAAUCCAGUGCGCCAACUUUUGAAUUAACAACAGAUAUAACAGCAGAACAGACCACAGACUACAUCAUCCAAUCCUGUACUCCAACUGUUGAACCAACAACAGAUAUAACAGCAGAACAGAUGACAGACUCCACCAUCCAAUCCAGUGCUCCAACUUUUGAACCAACAACAGAUAUAACAGAACAGACCACAGACUCCACCUUCCAAUCCAGUGCUUCAACUGUUGACUCAACAACAGGUAUAACAGCAGAACAGGCUACAGACUCCACCAUCCAAUCCAGUUCUCCAACUUUUGAACCAACAACAGAUAUAACAACAGAACAGAUCACAGACUCCACACACCAAUCCAGUGCUUCAACUGUUGAAUCAACAACAGAUAUAAGAGCAGAACAGACUACAGACUCCACCACCCAAUCCAGUGCUCCAACUAUUGAAUCAACAGAUAUAACAGCAGAACAGACUACAGACUCCACCCUCCAAUCUAGUGCUCCAACUAUUGAAUCAACAGAUAUAACAGCAAAACAGACUACAGACUCCACCACCCAAUCCAGUGCUCCAACUAUUGAAUUAACAGAUAUAACAGCAGAACAGACCACAGACUCCACCACCCAAUCUAGUGCUCCAACUAUUGAAUCAACAGAUAUAACAGCAGAACAGACUACAGACUCCACCCUCCAAUCUAGUGCUCCAACUAUUGAAUCAACAGAUAUAAUAGCAAAACAGACUACAGACUCCACCACCCAAUCCAGUGCUCCAACUAUUAAAUUAACAGAUAUAACAGCAGAACAGACCACAGACUCCACCAGCCAAUCCAGUGCUCCAACUAUUGAAUUAACAGAUAUAACAGCAGAACAGACAACAGACCCCACUGUCCAAUACAGUGGUUCAACUGUUGAAUUAACAACAGAUAUAACAGCAGAACAGACUACAGACUACAUCAUCCAAUCCAGUACUCCAACUGUUGACUCAACAACAGAUAUAACAGCAGAACAGACUACAGACUCCACCCUCCAAAUCAGUGGUCCAACUGUUGAGCCAACAACAGAUAUAACAGCAGAACAGACUACAGACUUCACCUUCCAAUCCAAACAGACUACAGACUCUACUGUCCAAUUCAGUGCUCCAACUGUUGAACCAACAACAGAUAUAACAGCAGAACAGACUACAGACUCCACUGUCCAAUCCAGUGCUCCACCUGUUGAACCAACAACAGAUAUAACAGCAGAACAGACCACAGACUACAUCAUCCAAUCCAGUACUCCAACUGUUGAACCAACAACAGAUAUAACAACAGAACAGAUGACAGACUCCACCAUCCAAUCCAGUGCUCCAACUUUUGAACCAACAACAGAUAUAACAGAACAGACCACAGACUCCACCUUCCAAUCCAGUGCUUCAAUUGUUGACUCAACAACAGGUAUAAGAGCAGAACAGGCUACAGACUCCACCAUCCAAUCCAGUUCUCCAACUUUUGAACCAACAACAGAUAUAACAACAGAACAGACCACAGACUCCACACACCAAACCAGUGCUUCAACUGUUGAAUCAACAACAGAUAUAACAGCAGAACAGACCACGGAUUCCACCACCCAAUCCAGCAGUGCUCCAUCUGUUGAACCAACAACACAUAUAACAGCAGAACGGACCACAAAUUCCAUCACCCAAUCCAACAGUGCUCCACCUGUUGAAUCAACAACAGAUAUAACAGUAGAACAGACCACAGGCUCCACCAUCCAAUCCAGCAGUGCUCCAACUGUUGAAUCAACAACAGAUAUAACAGCAGAACAGACUACAGACUCCACCGUCCAGUCCAGUGCUCCAACUGUUGAAUCAACAACAGAUAUAACAGUAGAACAGACCACGGAUUCCACCACCAAAUACAGCAGUGCUCCAACUGUUGAAGCAACAAUACAUAUAACAGCAGAACAGACCAUGAAUUCCACCACCCAAUCCAGCAGUGCUCCAACUGUUGAACGAACAACCGAUAUAACAGCAGAACAGAUCACAGAUUCCACCACCAAAUACAGCAGUGCUCCAACUGUUGAAGCAACAACACAUAUAACAGCAGAACAGAUCACAGAUUCCACCACCAAAUAUAGCAGUGCUCCAACUGUUGAAUCAACAACACAUAUAACUGCAGAACAAACCAUAGACUCCACCGUCCAAUCCAGUGCUCCAGCUGUUGAAUCAACAACACAUAUAACAGUAGAACAGACAGUGAACUCAACUAUCCAGUCAUCUUCUUUUCCAAGAGUUGAAUCUACAACUUCUACAUUAGAACAAACUAUAGACACCACCCUCCAAACAAGUGCAGCUCCAACUGUUGACUCUACUACAGCUGCCGACUCAUCGUUAGUUGUUAUUCUGGAAGCAACAACGGAUUUAAAUAUGCAGUCUAGUACUGCUCUCUCUGUUAAAACCACUAUAGAUUUCACUGUUGAAUUGAUCUCAAGUACUGUUCUAAAUAGUGAAUCAACCACAGCAUCCAUGGUAGAACCCAUAACAGACACCAUUUACCAGUCAAGUGCUGCUGCUCCGACUACUGAAACUACUACCUCUUCCAUAACCAAAUCAACAACAGACUCCAACCUUCAGUCAAGUACUGCUUCAACUGUACAAUCCAUGCCAAGUCUAACAAAAGAGCUGCCAACAGAAUCAAUUGUUCAUACAAGUACUGCUUUAGCAGAAGAACCAAAAACAACACUUACAGCAGAUUCAAAAACUACAGUUUUCACUGAACUAUCAUCUUCUGGGAUGACUACAGCAGAUUCUGCAACAGUUAUUACAGGUAUUAAACCUGGACCAUCAACAGUUAACAUUCAUGUGCAGUGGGCUGUACACAGCUUUCAGUGUCUUAGGUUGUUUUCACACCAGUACUAUUUAGACCAGUUAAAACAGACAGGUUUAUUUAGAUUUUAUCACGAUAGAGUCCCCUAA